CAAAAAAUAAAAUAAGAAAUAUAUAAAUCAAAGUAAUAAAUAAACUUCUUGCUAAUUCAUAUUAAUAAUUAAUAAUAAAUUAAAGUCUUAGCUAUUUAAUAAAUAUUUUUACAACAAAAUUGGCUAGAAUAGCAAAAAAAUUCACUAAAGUUUGGUAUUUUCAAAGUCAGUAAUAAAGAUUAUUUAAGGGAAAAGUUUUAAAACUACAGCUUUUUAGUGUAAUCCAUUUAGGAGUAAAGAUAAUACAGAAAAAAAGUUGAACAAAAUAUAAAUUAAAUGGAGGAAGAACUAUCUACAGAUAAACAAUCUUAACAAAUAUAUAAUUAGGACAAUUCUGAUUAACUUUCAACAAAUGAAAAUUCUACAGCUUCGAAAUAAAAUAAUAAUUUAGAUGGUUCAAAUGGAUUUGGAUCUUCUAAUUCUUUGACAUAUUACUAUUCUUCCUUCGAUUUAUUUGAAAACGAAUAGAACGCUGCAUUUUUAAAAUAUAGAAGGUUUAUCAAAAAACUUCAACACUACUUAGGUCCUGACUGGGUAAUAUACGCUAAUCAAGUUUGCUACAAGUAGGAUCCUUAGGGCAAAAAAUAUUUUUUAGAUAGUUAAUAUAUUUUUGAGGCAUGUUUAGAAAUAUGGCUUUAAAUGAGACGUCAAUUUAAUAAAGAAAGAAGAAAUUCUAUUUAAGAAGAAAAAGUUGUAAGAAAAGAAUCUGAAAUGAGUGUUGAAGAUGGUUAACAAUCACAACAACAAUAACAAGAAUAAUAGUAAUAAUAAUAAUAAAAUUAAUAAGUGUUAGAAGAAGCAGAAUAAUCAAAGCUAUAAGAAAUUAAUUUUUCUAUGUUUGAAGAGAAUGAGAUGUUUGAAGAAUUCAGCAAAAAAUUUUCAUCCUUUUUUGCAGAUUUUAAAAUGGAAUCUAUGACAUACAAAGCUGUGCUACAUGGCUUCUUUUUAAGUGCAAUUGAAACAUGGAAUUACAUACUUAGAAAUCCAGUUAAAAAAAGAAAUCGCUCUGACUCAUUUAAAUAAGUAAUUGAUGACUACAAAAAAAAGAUUAUUAAGCCAAUUAUGGUUGUUUCAUAAAAGAUUACAGGAUAUUUUGGUUCUUAAAAGUAAGACCAACCUAUCAAUAAAAUAAGUGAGCUCAGUGAAAGCUAAUUUAGAUCUUUUUCUAACUUUUAAAAAAAUAUUCAUAAUGAAGAAGAAAUGUUAUUGGAGAAAAUGAAAUAACUGACCAUAGCUGAAGAUAAAUUGAGUGAUUAGUAGUAGCAACAAUAGUAGUAGCAGCCAUAAGAAGUCACACUUAAGAAAAUAUCAGAAAAGGCUCUUAAUGGUGCUGUAGUGAAGUUCGCAUAAAAUUAUUUGUAAAAUAUAGUAAAUAAUACAAAUAAAUAAUGGCAAGUAGCUAGAGGAUUUGUUACAAAUAUAAUUGAACUUAAAUACAAUGAUAUAUAAGAAUAUGCAAAUAAUAUGAAGAUUAGAUUUUUAUAACCAGCCUAAGAAUUUUAUAAUCAGUUAAUGGAAACAUAUAUUCUUUUUAAAUCUAAUAAUUACACUAAUAUUCAAUUCAAAGAUUUUUUGGAAAAAACCAAACAAAAUCUUGGAAAUAAAUGGAGUGAAAAUUUGAUCAUUCCUACUCAAGUCUUCUUCUAAACUUUAAUCUUUUAAUGGAACCAAAUCUUAGAAGAAAAUAAAGACUCAAACAAUGACGAUGAAACUAUUAUUAGGUUAUUCGUACAAAGAGUAAGAAAUAAAAUGGCUGAUAGCUGGGAUGAAAACAUAGUUUAAAAAGCUUAAGAGAAUAUAUAAGAAUGA